CUCCCGCUGAGAGGGGAGCAGCGCGCCUCUCCGUUUGGCGGAGGGAUACACGAUCGUCCCCCCCAUGUCAUCUUAGUGCUGAGGCACUCGCACAGCAAAAAAUGUCUGCCUAAGGGAAACUCUAAGUGAUACAAAUAGAGCAUAUUUCUCGCAGCUAUUUCCGUUUUUACGCACACGUAACCCGUGUCGAGGGGGACUGCGAUCCAGCGAGUCUUCACCAGAUCACCCUAGUCAGGAUUGCGCUCGGAAAAAAAGGUCUCAAACUCGACAGGAUGAAUCCUCAGCAGCGGAUUGCCGCUCUCGGAACAGACAAGGAAUUAAGCGACCUUCUGGAUUUUAGUGCGAUGUUCUCUCCACCUGUCAACGGAGGGAAAAACAGGCCGACGACACUCGGAAGCAGCCAGUUUAGUGCAUCAGGUAUGGAUGAGCGGACCAACCAAGCAUCUUGGGCCCCAGGUGGCGAGUCCAGUCCUUCGUACGAACCCUCGCGGGGUUUCACAGACAGCCCUCAUUACGGCGAUCAUUUGAGUGACAGUCGAUUAGUGUCCCAUGAAGGAUUGUCCCCGACACCUUUUAUGAACUCCAACAUAAUGGCGAAAACAGAGAGGGCUGCAUUUCAUGGCUUUGGAAGGGAUACUGGAGCAUCUGGCUGUCAGCCAUCUCUACGCUCAGACGUGGGAGUGACAAGUCCUAGUUCAGGGACGACAUCGGCAAAGUCGGCGGCUCCUUUCUACACGUUCAGUGCGGCCAAUCCCAGAAGACGGUCUUUGCAGGACCCUCCGACCAUUGAUCCUCUACAAACAAAAAAGGUUCGCAAGGUCCCUCCUGGCCUGCCUUCAUCUGUGUACGCACCAUCUCCAAACUCAGAAGACUUCAACAGAGAUUCGCCCUCCUACUCAUCCCCCAAGCCCUCCAGUAAUAUGUUUGCAAGCACUUUCUUUGAUGGUACCCACAGUUCAUCUGACCCUUGGAACUCAACCAACGGGAUUAGUCAGUCCAGCUAUGGAGGAAUACUUCCAGGAUCUUCAUCUCACAUGCCACAGUCAGGAAACUACAGCAGCCUGCACUCGCAUGACCGUCUGAACUACCCAGCUCACUCUGCUUCCCCAGACAUCAAUGCCAGUCUUCCUCCCAUGUCCAGCUUCCACAGAAGCAGCACAACCACUUCACCAUUUGUCUCCCCAACACACCCUCCGUCGCUCAACAAUGUCGACGGGGUGCUGGGUGCUGCAAAUCGGGGGAAUGCCACUGGAAGCUCACAGACUGGAGAUGCACUUGGCAAGGCUUUAGCCUCGAUUUACUCACCUGACCACACAAGCAGUAGUUUUCCUUCCAACCCGUCCACGCCUGUGGGUUCCCCUUCGCCUCUCACAGCCACAGCAGGCGCUGGCUCAUCAGGGACUGUUGUCACGGCGUCCGGCACUCCGUCUGGAAGACCAGGUACCAACCAGUGGCCUCGUCCAAGUGGACAGACCCCAUCGUCUCCAAAUUAUGAGAACUCACUUCAUUCACUGUCUCGAAUGGAGGAUCGUCUCGACCGGCUGGAUGACGCAAUCCUUGUUUUAAGGAACCACGCAGUGGGCUCCACCGCCAGUCUACCCAGCGACAUCCACAGUCUGCUGGGACAAAAUGGCCAACUCGCAGCCAUUGGCGCAAGUUUCCCCGUCUCGGCGUUGGCUCCCAGUCGGACAGCAGCGAUGGGUUCUUCCCACGCCGAUGACGCCGCUAAUCUGAACAGCCACGGAGGUCUGCCAAGCACCGGCUCCUCAUCCAGCACAGAACUCAACCAUCAAGUGGAAGCAUUCAGAGGCUUGGCCGGUCAGGUGGCGACUGCCUUGGCGCUGAAGGUGGAGAAGCAGGACAAGGAUGACAUGAAUGAUUCCCUUUCUGGCGAUGACAAGUCAGAUGAUGAGAGUGACAGCCUCAAAACACCUCGCGCUGGCACACGUACAAGUCUCACAGAGGACGAAGACCUGAAUCCCGAGCAGAAGGCAGAACGGGAGCGAGAACGGAGGAUGGCCAACAACGCCCGGGAACGCCUGCGGGUGCGGGACAUCAACGAGGCCUUCAAGGAGCUGGGUCGCAUGUGCCAGCUGCACCUGAAGAGCGAGAAGCCUCAGACCAAGCUGCUCAUCCUCCACCAGGCCGUGGCAGUCAUCCUCAGUUUGGAGCAACAAGUCCGAGAGCGGAAUCUCAACCCCAAAGCAGCCUGCCUUAAGAGAAGGGAGGAAGAAAAGGUUUCUGGUGGUUCCGAUGACGGCCAACAAGGUCACACGGGGGUCCACCCAGGCUUGACUGACACAUCCAACCCCAUGGGCCACCUCUGAGGCCCGGACAGAUCAAACAUCUUCAUCCCGUCUGCGAUGGCGACUGGCCUCCCUGUGAAGGAGGGGGGCUCCCCCGGCUCCGUUCGCGCCACUUUGCGGAGGACUACCGACCCACCAGACAGGCAAAAUCACACGAGACUUAACACGAUCCGGUCCCCCGAGACGGACGAGGAGCCCGCUCGGCACUCCGUCCGCAAAAUUUCGCCCCCAAAAAGCGAGAAGAAUUCUUGAGCGCAUAUUCCGCAGAUCUGUAAGAAGCGAGACGCUUCUGAACAAUCAGACUUUGCCGUCUCCUCCCGAUCCCGCGACGGAGGUCGCCUCGUGCCUAAACUGAAUUGACGAAUGCAUUGUAACAGCAACUUUUUCUUUUUUCUUUCUUUCUAUUUAUUAUGACCAUCAGCUCAAAAGUGUGGUGUCGAAAGGGAAACAUGUAUCCAUUUUGGUCUUUAGUUCAACCCGUAGUUUGCCGGUGUCAUGGUUUAAAACGAAGCACUCCAGCCCGCGAGGUGAAAUGAGAGGAAAAAGUGAGAUUGGCUGUGUUCGAAAUCACUCCCUGUCACUAUAGGGUACACAAAAUGGUGACUUUGCUGUUUUGUAGCGCUGUUAAAAUGUGUUAUGAGCACGUGUUAUAGUUUGAGUGCUCUCAAUGUAUCCCAAGAUGAAUCUAGGAAAGUAGUGAACAACAACGAUCACUAGAAAAUCGAAUAUCUCGUGAUUUCCGGCCUACAAGCCGCGACUUUUUUCACAUGCUUUCAACCAUGCGGCGAUGCGACGCUAGCGUUAGCGCACUGGUUAUAAGCCACGGUACACAGAAAGAGUUUAAAGACUUUAGCGCUAGCCCCGCGCUAAUGCUAGUGCCGCUCUAACGCUAGCGUUACCGCAGGGCUAGCAUUAAUCUCUUUCUGUCUAUCCAGGUGGGCUUUGUAGGCCGGUAAUUACGGUAAACUGCAUCAGAAACGUUCCGGGAUUGGCGUCACAAAAGAUGCCAUUUUAAAACCGACUAGUACAUCCCAUAAUGCAUUGAGAUGACGCAAUUUUUCCUAUCCGGGCUAUCGUUUUGAUUGUCGACGAGAGACGCGUUCUUAAACGAUAGUGUGAAAAUAUCUUUAAUAAAGCAAUGCUUCACUACAUAAAUGGACAUAAAGUGUUUUGUUUUUUUCUCGUUUUAUAAAAUAAACAACGAGUUCCAAAAAAUAUAACCUUCCUAUAGAUUAUUUAUUUGUUUCAUUAUUUAUUAAGUUCAACUAGCUGCCAUUGAUUCGGUACAUUGUAACGCUGUUGUAAUUACACCCGAUUUGUGCUCUAAAUUUUAUAUUUGAGUGAUAUAAGUGCAUUAUAUAUUGUUAGCCUAUGAGCAUCGUUGCUCAGGUCAUUUUUAACUUACUGUUAAAAAAAUACAAAUAUAUUUGCUCAAAAUAUUUUCAAGUAUGACUUGAGCAAAUAUGCUAUUCGGCUAACGAUAGCGAAAUCCCCGUACAGUGGAGUCUUGAGGUACACAUUGAAGUUGGUCUAUAAAUGUGUACUUAAUAAACAGUCUUAGCUUCUCAGUAAGCGCCAGUAACAUUUGUCGAUCUUUGCAGAAGAUAAAGAAUAUAUGUCUUGAGUAUUUUUGUAUCGUCAAUCUACGUGUUGCUUUACCUAUGACGUUUUAGCGUUGAGCACUUUGUCAGUAAACUUCAACUUGCAUUAACAAAAACGCUCAAAGCCUCAAAACUGUUAGCUAUUAGCUAAGUUUCAGUUUUUUUGUAAAUUAACUACUAUAAUACAAUGCUCGUAUCUCAAAUUUAUGCUUGUAAGUCAAAGCAACACAAAAAAAAAUCAGCGCAAUAACUGAAUGAAAUUCGGGUCACUUGUAUCUCAAGGCAUCACUGUAAAGUAACGAGGGAGUACUGAAUGAUUCCGAAUACAGCCACUGAGGUAUUGGCCAUUUGAGAGACGUGUGUUGCUACCGUAAUUCCCCACCUACGAGCCGCGACUUUUUUCACAGCCGCCGUGCUGGUUAGCGUUAGCGCCGCCGCGUUAGCACCACCGCGCUAGCGUUAGCAUCGCCGCGUUAGAGUUAGCGCCGCCAUGUUAGCGUUAGCAUUGCCGUUUUCGCGUCAGCAUGGCCGCGCUAGCCGCUCCGUAGGCCGGGAAUUACGGUACUUUUUUUUUUUUUAACAUUAAAUCCCCAAAACGUAUGUUCGUAUGUUCUUCCUUCAUUCUGCCACCAAACACAUCGCUAAAAGUUUGUUAAUUUUGUUUCGAUGAGGUCGCGUCCCCUGAAUGCGAACAAACUCCUUUGAAUGAAAGUUUCAUUUAGCAUUUGCGUUGUUUUAAACAAAAAAAAAAAAAAACGCACCAAUAAAUGUGCAGCAAAUCUUUGCAUUCCCUGCAUAUCGGUAGUGUCUUAACUCAAAGACGUACCUUUUAGCCAGAGAGUAUUCUAUGUACUAUCCAGAUUGGUAGGCGUAGUUUGACACUUAAUGUCUUGUUUUCAAUUCAUCAGAUUGCUUUAAAAAAAAAAAAAAAAACGAAAAAAAAAAACAUAACGACGACCACUUUUUUCUCUUGGACUGAAUACAUUGUCUUUGUUUGUCUCGAUACAAAAAAAAAAAAAAGCAGGUAUAUAUUUGCGUCAAGUCAUUUCUUCCAGCUUACGGUUAUAUCUUGCAAAUUCCUAUACAAUACGCCAGACUUGAUAUUUCACACUUUUUUUUUUUUGCUGAGUACUAUACAUAUAUACAUUUUGUUGAAUUGUAGCACAACAACGAACAAAAGAUAAGAUUUCAUUUUGGUUAUGGCUUUAUUUAUGUUUUGGUGUGCAUGUUUUUGUUUUGUUUUUUGAUAAAAAAAAAAAAAAAGUCUUUGGUCCUUAUGAGUUUGUAUGUUGUCUCUUUUGUGCAAAAAAAAAAACAAAAACAAAAAAAACCUUCCAUUGGACUCAAAGUAACCGUUUACAUUUGGAAUCUCCCAUCGAGCAGUUUUUUGUGUGUGUGUGUUUUCGGUCGGGAUGUGGCCUUGUCGUUCGUGACAGUAUUCUCAUGAUGAUCACACGAUUCAUGAUAAUAACUCAAAACUAUACAUUUGGCUUCCUGCUCCAUUUCCUUCAUCAUUUCACGUUCCUUUCCUUUUUUUUUUUUUUUUUUUACUCUGCCAAGUUGCUGUAUUUCCACAUGCUUUGCCCUUGUGUAAUAUAUAAAAAAAUGGAAAAUCAAAAAGGAGAGCAGUUUAAAAAAAAAAUAAAACAACAAAAAAUACAUUUGGCUUAUUUUUCACUGUAGUUAGUCUUUUCUACAAUAAUACUGUAAGAAUAUUUCUUGAAUUCUAAAUAUUACUCUUUCUAGAUUUUUGAAAGCAAAAAGUUUUGAGUAAAAAGUUUCUUACUUUAUUUUACUAUAUUAGGUAGUAAAAUGUACAUGGUUACUGAACCAUAACCUGUUUUCGUUAUGACCGCAAAAUGUUCACGUCCAGUCCAGUCCCCUCGCGGAAGGUUCCAGCACGAACUCGACGUCCAUUCUCAAGAGCAACGUUCAUGUCAAUCUUCAAAACAUGUUGUCAAUGCACAUCUCGGCAAUGCGGCAAUGAGAAUUACAAUUUUCUGUCUUUUUUCAACAGAGAAACGUGUAAAUAACAUUUAUGUUGCAAUAAAUGUGCCAUCUUUUUUUUUUAACCUGAGUCAUUUGGGUGUUUAUUUCAACCCGCGUGCCUCUCCGUGUUUAUUAUGUUUAUUUUAAUUCACAUUACAUGAUGAUUUGAGUUGGAACCAACAUACUAUACGUAGUCAUAAGAAUAAAGGCCUCCUCCUAAAACUCCUGAGA